CCACCUUUUCACAAUGCAACAGAUAAUUUAUGCCACACUAAGUAAAAAAAUUAAAUCUAUUGUGCUAGAUAGCAUGCAUUUCAAUUUUCAGUGUAUUUUUAGUCACAGUAUUACAAAAAUUUUGUAGAUAGUACUUCAGAAGAACUAAAGAACAAUUUGAUGGAAGACAAGAAUUACACAUUACUGCCUGAGGCUGCAUGGAGCCUUUUAGUCAGUUGGUAUGGACUAUCAGUAGGAUCAAGAUCAAUUGUCAAGAAUGUAGAAGAGCAUGGAGUACACAAGAAGUUGAGGGUUGAAGUUUACUUAAUUGAGUUGAAAAUGUGUGUACAUCCUAAUUCUAUUAAUAUAAAAACAUAUUCAUUUAGUCGAGGAGACUUAAUAAGUGAUAUAGUAACAGUAAUGAAGCAACAGUUUAAAAUAUCUGAUACUACUGAAUGUAGAAUAUGGGAACGUGACUUCACAGGCAAAUAUGAUUUAUUAACUGAUUUUCAACAAACAGUAUCUGAUGCUGGUAUACAUGGAGGACAAAUGUUAAUGCUUGAAAAAAAAAAUCCUGAUGAAACUUGGCCAAGAGAUAAAACUAAAUAAAUUUACAUUUUUGUAGCUACUAUAAUAAGAAUAAUAGUAGAGCUAACCUCAGAUAUAAAUUAUUAUUAUUUCCCAUGCUAUACUUAGCUGUUAAAAUUACUGGCUAUAGACGUUAUAUAAAUCUAAAUAAUUAGCAUAAUAUAGUAUAAAAUUUUGAUCAUUUUUAUUAACAAGUGUUAGUUCAUUCGUGCAGAUGGGGCCUAACUCUGAUAUUCAUUUCUCAAAGUCAUUGGUCAAAUAUC